CAGAAGUGCUGUUGUGUCAUCUGAACUCGUUGGAUAUGUGAUGGAUGUUAUUGUAGUAAAGUGUGGUUUUGUGAAGUAAUCUGCAUGUGAUGUUCUGUGAUAUCAGCAGUUUACAGUCACUCACUGAAUCCAGCAGAAUAGAUGGAAGACUGUGACACUUUACAAGCUCUCUCAACGAUGGACGUCAACCCCUUUUACACGGAGAACAUCAGCAUUAACCACACCAUGCUCUUUAAUGACAGCAGAAACAUCACUUUCUUACCGUAUUAUCAACAUUCUCUUGCGGUGGCCACCAUCUUUAUUCUGGCGUACGGUCUCAUCUUCUUGCUCUGCAUGAUCGGAAACAUCCUGGUGUGUUUUAUUGUGCUGAAAAACAGACAAAUGAGAACCGUCACCAACAUCUUCAUACUGAAUCUGGCCAUCAGUGAUGUGUUAGUGGGCAUCUUCUGCCUCCCCAUCACGCUGGUGGACAACCUGAUCACAGGUUGGCCGUUUGAAGUGGUGAUCUGUAAGAUGAGCGGUCUCGUUCAGGGAGCUUCAGUUUCUGCAUCUGUCUUCACACUGGUGGCCAUCGCUGUUGAGAGGUUUCGCUGCAUUGUUUAUCCAUUCCGGCAGAAGCUGACGGAGCGUCAGGCCAUCAUCACCAUCGCCUUCAUCUGGGCUCUGGCCAUCGCCAUCAUGUGUCCCUCUGCGGUGACGCUGACCGUCUCCCAGGAUCUUCAGCACUUUAUGGUGGACCAGGACAACAUCACGUAUCCUGUGUACACCUGCUGGGAGGCGUGGCCUGAGCGGAACAUGAGGAAGAUCUACACCACCGUCCUCUUCUCACAUAUUUACCUGGCACCCGUGGCGCUCAUCGUCGUCAUGUACACACGCAUCUCCAUCAAGCUCUUCAAAUCGCCCGCUUCCAUUCGCGACGCGCACACGGAGGACAACAGUCGUCGAGUUUUCCGUAGGAAGUUGAAGGUGGUUAACAUGUUGCUGAUGGUGGCUUCGCUCUUCACCGUCUCUUGGCUCCCGCUGUGGAUCGUCAUCAUGUUGACGGACUAUGGGAAUCUGACAGCCGCUCAGCUGGAUCUGGUGGCCGUCUAUGUCUUCCCGUUCGCCCACUGGCUGGCCUUCUUCAACAGCAGCAUCAACCCCAUCGUUUACGGUUACUUCAACGAGAACUUCCGCCGUGGCUUUCAGGCGGCGUUUAAGUUUGGGGUUUGUCUGGUAGAGGUACCGCCGCAUCCCAGACGCAACUGCACGUGGAAACACAACCGGGUGUGCGUGGAUGAAGACCGGACGAGGAAGAGCGCGCCGGGUAAAGGAAGGAGAAAUUUCUGCAGCAAAGAUCAGUGUGAUGACUUAGUGCUGGAGGAUCUAGACUGAAGAGAUUCACAUCAUCAAACCUCCAGCUGCUGCAGUCAUGAUCAAUGCAAAGCUACAACAAAUAUACUGUCAGAUAAAAUGGUGCUGUAGGGGCAGUACCCUUAAACCCUUUAACUGGUGCAGCACUUUUUGAGUAAAGGGGGAGGGGGGUGAAAAGGUGAUAUACACCUUUAAAUUAAUAUAACUCUGACAUUUAUUUGGUCAAGAAGCUUUAUCUUGGUCUUGUUUCAAAGAUUUUCACAGAAGUGUCUGGAGAUAAAAUUAUUAAAUAAAAAAUUGUUAUUGCAGUGUACAUUUAUUGUAAUAAAUAAAAAUAGUACAAUAAAAUAUAUGUUUUAUACAUAAAAUUAUCACAAAAAAUAUGUUGUGACUUUUAGUGGUUUUACCAACAACGACCACUAGGUGUCAACGGUAUGCUGCAUACUCUUGUCACAAAUUAAUAGAUUACUGUCACUGCAUUAUUAUUACUGCUAAAAUGUUUUAAAAUAUAAAAUCUACAUUCUUUCCAACAAUGUAUCGUUUUUGUGAUAGAUAAAAAUUGACAUGCAAAAUAUUGAAGUAAACUCAGGUGUCCCGCUCACGGGACAGCACCAGUUAAGGGUUAAGGGUCGUAAUACAGUAUGUACCAUUUACAUUUGGUAACAAUAUGUACUAAUAUGAACUCUUUAGGUGCAAAGGUGUACUUUUAGAAAGGGUACCGCCCCAGUGACCAUUCUUGGGUGAGAUGUUAAACAAAAACUGAAGAGCGUGUCAUUUUUUACUCACACUAAUGUAUGAUUUUCUUUCUUCUGUCAAACACAAAAGAUGACGUUAGGAUGUCUAUUUUUAUAUAAUAAUAGUGGCGGCCGGUGAAUUCAAA